UGGGGUGCUCUGUCUGCAACUUCAAGGAGUUACAGCUCAAGUGGAGCAACGUCGCGGACCACUGCAGGAGUCAUAGGCAUGUGGUGCUGCUGGCCGCGGAGCCAGCGAAGAAGGCUGAGGACGAGGGCACGCUGCGUGCCUUCGGAAUCAUGUCGAAAGCCAAGGGGGGGAUGUACGGUGACACCCUGAGCGACCGUGACAAGCUCCUGCAGGUGAAGUUGGUGGCUGGAUGUUUGUCGGCAGGCAUCCCGCUUCAUGCCCUUGAGGACCCGCAGAUGAAGGCCUUCUUCGACUUCGCGAACAUCCGCGCGCCGGGACGCAGUCAUCUCGCCGAGCACGUCCCGUUCCUGCUGCGCAAAGAGCUUGACACGACCUUGUCGGAGCUUGGGAACGGGAAUUACACGGUGUGCUUCGACGCCACGCCCUACCGUUGCGAGUGCUUCGGCAUCGGACUACGAUUCAUCAACCAGAACGGCCAGGUGGUGCAGCGUGUCCUCAAGAUUGCGAUGCUGAAGAAGUCUAUGUCGGCUCGAGACAUCGUCGGCCAGGUCAACGACACCUUGGGCGAAGAGUUUAACCUGAGGGCGUCACGCUGCAUCGGCUUCAUGCUCGACGGCUGCGCGGCCAACCUGCUUGCUCUCGACUCCCUCACGCAGCACAUCUACCGCAAGUCGGUGGGCAUCCCCUGCUUCUCCCACUUGUUCAACAACAUCGGGACCCGACUGAGAUUCCCGGACGUGGACGAGUUCUUGGGCAAGCUGCACACUCUGCUUUCGCACAGUCCGCAAGCCAAGGCCCUCUUCCGCGAAAUAGUCGGCGUCACAGAUCCUCCAACUCCCAACCACCGGUGGGGUUCGAGGUACGAGCGCGACUACCUCAUCGCCAUGAACUGGCCAGGUGUUGUGAAGUUCAUCGAGGCGUACAAGAGUAACGACGACGAAAAGUCCAAGACGGCGACAUGGCUGCGAUCGGAGCUAGCUCGGAAGCGGAACGACGGGAAGGAUCAGGUCCUCGUCCUUCGGAUGCAGCUGGCUGUACUUGUGGACGUGGGCAAGAUCGUCACCGCUGCCUGCAUCUUCCUGGAAGGCGACGAGCCACUGCUGCACCAAGCGUUCAGCAAAAUCGAGAAGUUCCGGUCCCAGCUCGAGCUAGGCAACGAUGGGCUCUUCAAGGAGGACGUGGCUUUGCCUACUCUGGACGCUGUCAUCGCCGCCGGCAUUGGCCAGGGAGACGACUUCGGAGCCACCGCCGACCUUCUCAAGGCUGAGUUUCAAGACGAACUCGUCCCUCUGCGCACUUACGCAUACGAUCAGAUCGGGCCCCACGAGGACGCUGAGCGGGCGACAGUACUCAAGUAUAUGGAGGCCGCGCGGCUCAUCGACUUCACCUUCAUGCGACGUCACAAGUACAGCGCCAACGAAGUCCGCAGCCUCGCCGUCUUCCCCUUCAUCUCGGAGGAACAAGUCGACAAGCUUCUCACCGAAAAAGACGACUACUAUGUCGCCGCCCGCGUGACGGACAGAGACUACGAUUUUUGGCAGUUCUGGCAGGACCACAAAGAGAAACUCCCGACGUGGUUCGCCGUAGUGUUGGACAUUGCUCUAGUGCAACCCUCGUCGGCUUUCAUGGAGCGCGUGUUUUCGACAGUACGCUCUUGCUUAGACUCAAGUCAGAACAGCUGCUUGUCAGACAGGAUCAUGGCUGCCCUCAUCAAGUACAACGGAGGAAGGGAUAGGCAUUCUCUGAAGCUGCGGUAUGACAAGGAGGAAUUAGCAGAGGAGAAGGAGGGGGAAGCAGAGGGGGAGGAAGAGGAGGGGGACGGGGAGGAGGAGGAGGAGGAGGAGGAGGGGCCUGGCGGUGGAGGGGCUAGCGCGGAGGCGGGGGUGGUAGACGUGGACAUGAGCGACGGGCAAUAGACGACAUGAGAGAUGAAACACGAAAGAGUAGGCUUCGGAGGCGUAUGGUAUGAAAUAGUACUCUUUUUCUCAAUGAUGACUAGUGAUAAACCGGUGCAUUACUGCGACUAGACACAGAGUUAUUUAUAUCCAAAGAACACAGAUAAAUGGACGAGCCCCGAUCCAUCUUGCGCAACAAGCAUAGGAUGCACGAGAGGGUGUUAAAAGGGUACCUGUACGGGCUAG